AUGGAUGACUUGUACAAAUUUCUACAAUUACAACCCAAUGAUAGCAGUUUUAAAGAUGUUACCGAGAAUCAUAACUCUGGUAUAAUAUCAAGGAAAGAAGAUUUAUUGAAAGAGGAUAUUGCAACUUUCUAUGACGAAUUGUUGGAUGCCUUGAAAGCUAGUCAUGAAUUUGAAAAGAGCUUGAGGUGUAAGCGAAAAUAUAUGGAUUACUUUUUGGAUAAUACCGGAAGCAAUUUUUGCCCUGGAAAAGAUGAUCCAAUCUUCUAUGAUAUGUUGGUAACUUUAGAAGAGGUUUAUUCGGGAUGCCUAAAAGUAGCUAAAAUUAAACGCAAUAUCUUUGAUUUUACUGGUUGUAAACAAUGUACGACGGAUAAAAAAUUAGAAAUUACUGUUAAGUCGGGUGCUCCGCCUGGAACUCAAUUUCGAUUUGUAAAUUUAGGAGAUCAACAUCACAACCGUAUUCCUGCCGAUAUCGUGUUUACGUUAAAAGAAAAGCCUCAUGAUAGAUUUGUCCGCGUUAAUUCCGAUUUGCAUUACGUUGCUUCAAUCGACCUAAAAACUGCCGUCACAGGAGGAAGCAUAGCAAUCAAAUCGAUUGAUGGAAAAGACCUACAAAUUAAGUUAACAAAUAUUAUUGAGCCAAAAUCUGUGAUCGUCGUUCCAAAUCAGGGCAUGAUAAGGUGUGAUGAUAAAAAGCGAGGAGAUCUUGUUAUUCGAUUUGAUGUUACGUUUCCGCUGAUGGUAGAUCCAAUAAGCCGUAUGAUUAUAAAUGAAGCGUUAGAUGAUGACAAUAAAUCAUAA